AUGGCUACAACCUCAUCCAUGUUCAUGUACAGCCUGACGGUACAGCCACCAACCGCCAUUACUCAAGCUAUCCUCGGACAAUUUGCAGGAACAAAGGAGCAGCAGAUUGUCACUGCUUCAGGCUCUCGUCUGACCCUCCACCGACCAGAUCCUUCUCAAGGGAAGAUCGUAACAGCCCUCUCACACGAUGUUUUCGGGAUUAUCAGGGCCAUAGCAGCAUUUAGGUUGGCUGGAAGCAAUAAGGAUUACAUUAUCAUCACAUCCGACUCGGGCCGAAUUACCAUCGUCGAGUUUGUUCCUGCGCAGAACAAAUUCAACCGAUUGCAUUUGGAGACCUUUGGGAAAUCCGGGGUGCGAAGAGUUAUUCCAGGCCAAUACUUAGCGGUGGACCCGAAAGGAAGAGCUUGUUUGAUCUCGUCAGUGGAGAAGAAUAAACUUGUGUAUGUCUUGAACCGCAAUGCUCAGGCUGAGCUCACAAUCUCUUCACCACUCGAGGCGCAUAAACCCCAAACUUUGGUGUUUGCACUGGUUGCUUUGGACGUGGGAUACGCAAAUCCAGUCUUUGCAGCUCUGGAGGUCGACUAUGGAGAUUCGGAUCAGGAUCCGACUGGACAGGCUUACGAAGAAAUCGAGAAGAGUCUGGUCUAUUAUGAGUUGGACCUCGGGUUGAACCACGUUGUACGAAAAUGGACGGAUACGGUAGAUCGAACUGCUACUAUCCUUUUCCAAGUUCCCGGAGGGACCGAUGGACCCAGUGGAGUGUUGGUUUGUGGCGAAGACAACAUCACAUAUCGACAUUCAAAUCAGGAAGCUUUCCGUGUAGCUAUACCCAGGCGGCGUGGCGCUACAGAGGAUCCGCAGCGGAAGAGGACGAUUGUGGCCGGAGUCAUGCACAAACUCAAGGGCGCAGCUGGAGCAUUCUUCUUCCUACUGCAGUCCGAAGAUGGAGACCUGUUCAAGGUUACCAUCGAAAUGGUCGAAGAUGACGACGGCCAGCCAACUGGUGAAGUCAAACGCCUCAAGAUCAAGUAUUUUGACACGGUUCCCAUUGCGACCAGUCUCUGCAUCUUGAAAAGUGGUUUCCUAUUUGUUGCCAGUGAAUUCGGAAAUCAUCAAUUUUACCAGUUCGAGAAGCUCGGUGACGACGACGAGGAAAUCGAAUUCAUCAGCGACAAUUUUCCAGUGGACCCUAAGGAACCUUAUACUCCGGUUUACUUUCAUCCUCGCCCUGCGGAGAACUUGAGUCUGGUCGAGAGUAUUGAUUCAAUGAAUCCGUUGAUGGACUGCAAAGUAGCCAACCUCACCGAAGAAGAUGCACCACAAAUAUACUCGAUAUGCGGAACCGGGGCUCGUAGCACCUUUAGAACUUUGAAGCAUGGUUUAGAUGUCAGCGAAAUUGUGGAGUCAGAGCUACCUGGAGUGCCAUCUGCGGUUUGGACCACAAAGCUUACGCGAAAUGACACUUUUGAUGCGUACAUCAUUCUGUCUUUCUCGAAUGGAACGCUUGUGCUUAGCAUUGGCGAAACUGUCGAAGAAGUCACUGAUACUGGGUUCUUAUCCACUGCCUCUACCUUAGCAGUACAACAGCUUGGUGAAGAUGGCUUGAUCCAGGUCCACCCAAAAGGCAUUCGGCACAUUCGUGCAGAUAGGCGUGUCAAUGAAUGGUCUGCUCCACAACAUCGCUCUAUUGUUGCAGCAACGACAAACGAGAGACAAGUUGCAGUUGCCUUGAGCUCUGGCGAAAUUGUGUACUUUGAGAUGGAUUCCGAUGGGUCACUUGCUGAAUACGACGAGAAGAGAGAAAUGAGUGGAACGGUAACAUGCUUGAGUUUAGGUGAGGUCCCUGAAGGUCGAGUCCGAAGUCAAUUUUUGGCUGUUGGUUGCGAUGACUCAACCGUUCGUAUUCUAAGUCUCGACCCGGAUUCAACUCUGGAAAACAAGUCAGUCCAGGCCUUGACAUCACCUCCCUCAUCCCUCUCGAUUAUGGCCAUGGCCGAUUCUUCCUCAGGAGGCUCCACUCUUUAUCUUCAUAUUGGACUAUAUUCUGGGGUGUAUCUGCGAACUGUUUUGGAUGAGGUCACAGGAGAACUUUCUGAUACGCGGACACGCUUCCUUGGGCCGAAACCUGCGAAACUUUUCCGAGUAUCUGUUCAGGGACAAACUGCUGUGCUCGCUUUGAGUUCGAGGCCUUGGCUUGGUUAUUCGGAUCCUGUCACGAAAGGUUUUAUGCUUACACCGUUGAACUAUCCUGGCCUUGAAUGGGGCUGGAACUUCAGCAGCGAGCAGUGUACGGAAGGAAUGGUAGGUAUCCAAGGACAGAAUCUCAGGAUCUUUUCCAUCGAGAAGUUGACCGAUAAUCUUCUCCAAGAAUCGAUUCCCCUCACAUACACCCCUCGUCAUUUUGUCAAGCAUCCCGAGCACCCAUACUUCUACACUAUCGAAUCAGACAAUAACAUCCUAUCUCCUGCGACCAAGACAAAAUUACUCGAAGAUCCUGCAGUUGUCAAUGGCGAUGCAACGGUUCUUCCUGCAGAGGAAUUUGGCUACCCUCGAGGAAGAGGUCACUGGGCAUCAUGCAUCUCCGUCCUUGACCCCGUCACUGAGAAGUGUGUUCUUCAAAAGAUUGACCUCGAAGAUAACGAAGCAGCAGUCAGCAUAGCAACAGUGUCAUUUGCAAGCCAGGAUGACGAGGUCUUCCUGGUUAUCGGUACAGGCAAAGACAUGGUUGUGAGUCCGAGGACAUCAACAGCUGGGUUCAUCCACGUUUACCGGUUCCAUGAAAAUGGCAAAGAAAUCGAGUUCAUUCAUAAAACCAAAGUCGAAGAACCACCAAUGGCCCUUCUAGGAUUCCAAGGAAGACUUUUGGCAGGAGUCGGAAAGGACUUGCGAAUUUACGAUCUCGGUAUGCGACAACUUCUCCGAAAAGCUCAAGCGGAGGUUGUACCCAACUUGAUUGUCGGACUUCAAACCCAAGGAAGCCGGAUCGUUGUCAGUGAUGUGCAACAGAGCAUUUUCAUGAUCGUGUACAAAUUCCAGGAGAACAAGCUUAUUCCGUUUGUGGAUGAUACUGUGGCUCGUUGGACUUCUUGCACAACUAUGGUUGAUUAUGAAACGGUUGCAGGUGGCGAUAAGUUUGGCAACCUCUGGCUUCUUCGUUGUCCCCCCAAGGCAAGUGAAGAGGCAGACGAAGAAGGUGCUGGCCAACAUCUGGUCCACGAACGUUCAUAUCUCCAAGGCGCUCCGCAUCGAUUGAACCUGAUGGCGCACUUCUUCCCUCAAGACAUCCCGAUGGCUAUCCAAAAGACAAACCUGGUUGCUGGCGGUCGUGACUGCCUUUUAUGGGCUGGUUUGCAAGGUACUCUUGGCAUCCUCAUUCCUUUCGUCGGCCGUGAGGAUGUCGAUUUCUUCCAGACUCUUGAACAACAUCUUCGGUCAGAAGAUGCUCCAUUAGCUGGCAGAGAUCACUUGAUCUAUCGAAGCUAUUAUGUCCCCGUAAAAGGGAUCAUUGAUGGUGACUUGUGCGAAAGAUAUACCCUCUUACCUACAGAUAAGAAACAGAUGAUUGCAGGCGAGCUGGAUCGGUCAGUGAGAGAGAUUGAGCGAAAAAUUUCUGAUAUUCGGACUCGGUCUGCAUAUUAA